AUGGCCGCAGUCUCUGCUCAAGCCAGUUCCAAUGGGCAGUCGGCCAUCACCGGCGGCGGUGUGGAUGAUAGUACACUUUCCAUCUCAGAUGUCCUUCCUCAAACCCGCAAAAUCAACAUUUUCGCGUCCCUGACCCGCGAUGUUUCUACGGUGACUGGUCGCCUAGAAUCCACCAAACCCGAAGAUAAUACCACGCUUCUUGCGCCGCUGAAUAGCGUGAUGCAAGCGCUUCCUCGAAAGCCCUGGGAAGAUCGGCCAGAUGAUAAUUCGGGCGUGUCGGCUGAAAGGAACGAAGACAAAGCCGCGCAAAAUCUGAAGCGGUUCGUGGAAGAACAUGUGGUACCGACCAGUCCCUGGAAAAGAGGACCCGAAGGGAAGAUCAAGACGUUGGGCGGUCAAGAACUAUGGUGGGAUGAACAAGACGGUCACAAGGUAAUCAAGCCAGGCAAUUUGAUUGUGGACGGAAUCGUCGGACGCGUCGGGAAUGGCGAAGUUUGGGCAAUCAGAGGCGUGGUGAACUAUGCAUAG